AUGGCUCAAGUCAAUUAUAAUCCGCUACAACACUCCGAUCUGUACAACAGAAUCGAGGACUGGAUAACUAAAUCAGAUGCCGCGCACAAUAGCCACGAACCACGAGAUACAAGCUCUCUACGCCACCUGUCUUAUGCCUUCAACAAAUAUCGAUACGAAGAAAUAAAGAAAAUGAACGCGGAACCUGAGAACAUGCCAGCCAGUUUCGCUGAACGACAGCCAGGAUGGCUUGGAUGGGAGAAUUAUUACGCUGAAAGAGGAGGCGUCACUGUAUGUUAUCCCUCUGUGCGAAAAGUACAGCAGGCUCGUGUGGGUCAGGUGGCUUCACUCGAGCCAACGGGAUCCCAACAGCCAGUUGCAUCGUCAACAGCAAAUGAUCCAGCAACGUCUUCAAACUCCGAAGAAAGGGGACAUCACCGAUAUGAGCGGCAGCCUCGACACAGAACUAAGACUGACCGAUACGAGUACAAGGUUCAGGAUAAGAAGAUCAGCGAACGCCCUCGUUCGAAGAAGAGGACAUUCAACGACACCUUUCAUGCUCCCAACGUGCCCUGUGAUCGUCUGACUCUGAGCCAAAGGCGUACAAGCGGGAUUUUCAAGAGAGGAAAGGCAUCAUCUCCUACCAGAACCCGCAGCCGCGAUCCCUCGCUAGGUUUCUUUGGAUUCGAUACGAUCGCGAACACAGAUACCAUGAGAGCCAGCUCUGGCUCUGAUUUCUCUGAAAGCGACUUUCUUACUAGAAGAAGUACCAAUAGCGCUACCAUGAUGAGCUCGUUCUAUGGACAUCUCGAGGAGAACUGUCAUUCAGUCUCAUUAGGGAGCAGGUAUAAGAGUGAUGUCUCGGACACCGCCUCUACAGUCGCCCUCUAUCUCUCACGGGAAUUGCCCAGAGCAGACCACAUUGUCACCGAGUCCUUGGAAAUGAAUGCCACCUCAGAGCCUGCUACAGAUAGUUGCGUGUCUGCUUGUGGUAACUCGUCAAGUAGAAAUACUGAGGUGCACAUUGAAGAGCAUCCAAACUCCCUCUUGGCUGGUCAAUAUAUCAUUGAUGACACAAGCAUAGAGGAGGGCCAACACUGCUUCACUAGGCUUCAAAAUGGUGUCUCACAAAAGUGUCGAAUGAGGUCGCUAGAAAGGCCUUCUGAUGAAGACAAAGCGGGUGGCCAGAAGAUUAAGGAACGAGGAACAGACGGGAAUAUUGCUGCGGCUCGUGUGCACGAUAGUACAAUCAACCAGUCUGCCUUGCCCAAUACCAGCAAGUGUCGGCAGCCAACCUUGGAGCCUCGCAGCAGAUCUGUAGCUGAUACUGAAGACUUUGACUCUGAAGGAGUAAUUGGUGCCAAACUCCGAGGAACAAUCACACCAAGCUACAAUCAACUCUCUUGGUCUCUAAAUCAUGGCAGUAGUAGAAAGAUGUCCGUGAUGUCCGAUGUCGGCAUUUGUGGCGAGAACCCGCAGGAUCAUCAGAGUCAUAUUAGACAGAGCAUCGAGGAGCCAGACUAUGAGAGCCUGGACUUCACAGCUGUUCCUGAAGCCAAUGACUGCGGCUCAGAGAUGGCGAGUUUGAUUGACCUGGAGGAGUGGGAGACAGCAUCUAUCAUUGUUGAUAUGGAUACAGAGCUUGACACCCAGGUCUUGAGUAUGCCGACCUCGAGCGCAGCCAAUCGCAAUAAUACGCAAGAAAUUCAGGAACGACUGGAGGCCACACAACUUGGCACAAGUAUUCUGGGAGAAAAGCCGCGCCAUUUGUGGGAGGCAAGGCUUGAGAAACCUUCAACUGCCUUGUGUUUGACCGACAGCUUGCGAGAUACCCCAUUUGCUGCCAAAGAAAGCCAGAUGAGAGACGCAAGUCAGCUGUCAAUUCAUGAUGAUGAAUCGAUAGAAUCAGAAUCCAGGACCACUUUCCGUCCGGGACCCUGGCUGGAGUCGCUGUCACGACGAAGGGGUGGGGCGAUUGGAAUAGGAAAUGGCCGCUUGGACUGCACUGAUGGGCUUGGGACAUUUUGGCAGCAAAGAAUGGGUUACUGAUAGAUGGCUGUUGGGGGCCGUUAUUGCUC